GGACGCUCGUGCGUAUAACGCGCUCUUGUCGUCGCUCUAGCUCGUUUAACGGUUGCUUUCAAACACGAUCACAAGCGGCUGUGAAUAAAAUUGUAGCAAAACAAAACGCCGGUGUACGUCUAAUACAAACGCCUAAAUGUUCAAUAGAGUUAACAAAUAAAUCGAAGUGCUGUGAAGAAUAUUACUAAUAAAACCGAGCUUGUGACUUGUGCAAACGUCACAAAAGCAACAAAAGUGCCUUUUCUCUUGCUCUUGCCAACGUACACACAUACCAGCACACGAACAUACAAAUUCGUAUGUUGGUAACAAAUACAAGUGCAAACAACAAACGACGCUCUUAAAUACGACACAUACAUUCACACGCCUUGUGGUUGUGUGCGUGAAACCACUUUUUACCUGGAUUUACCUGUUUGUGCGAGUGAAAUAAGCCGAAGAGCGGCAAAAGCGAAGAGGUGAACAAAGCGAAGUUGGCAAUCAAAAUGAAUACCAAAGCAAAUGAGUGAAUGAUAUUGUUAAGUUAAAUGUGAAUACUUUUGAAUAUACGCUAAGAAUAAGCGAAAAUUAAUUAAAUAAAUUGCGUUUUAUGGCCCUCUGCUGAUUCAGUUCGAUUUAAUUUGUGCGUCGGUUGCCAUGAAAAUGCAGUCUAAACAAACGGCAAAGCGUACGAACACAAAUAAACAAAUGUGAGGGAGAGACAGAGAGAGAGAGAGAGUCGGAGAACGAGAACGAGAGCGAGUUUAGAGUUGGAGUUCAAUAGAAAACGUCAAUUGACGCAACGUGAAUCUGUGAUCACACACACACGUACACACACAUACACAGAUAUAUCAGCAUAGAAAAAUACUAAAAGAAAUACUGGGUGAUUCAUGAAAAAGUGUAUUGUUUUUUUGCCGCGAUGAUUUCAACUACUUAAAUUCAACGAAACAUCCCACCUUUACUCGUGCUCCCCUCCUUCCGACUGAGAAUAAAAUGCAAUAAAAUGUUGUUAAAAUCACAAAGUAACGACAAUAUCGCGAAUCCCGCUCAACAGCAGCCACAUCAUCAGCAUAAGCGAAAAUGUCGCUGUCAAGCAACAACAACAACAACAGCAAGAACAACUCGCUACAGUUACACCUGCCCGCGGCCACAGCCACGCCCACUGCACAGGCUGCUAACGAUAGCGUUAGUUUUAAUCAUCUCCUCACACUGCACACCCGCCCUGUUCGUAGAAGCACUCCAUGCCGGAACCGGCACCGGCACCGGCUCCAGCUCGAGUGCUUCCUCGUUCCAGAUGGGGACGUUCGAUAGCAUUGCGGGCGACAAUCGUAAGCCGGCUUUCAAGAACUGCGCCGGCUAUGCGCCUUCCGUGAAGGAAGAGCAGCCGGAGAACACGUAUGUGUUCACGGUGCAGGCGGUUGAUCCGGAUCCCAACCAGGAUAUACAUUACAGCCUGGUACAGUCGGCCAGCGAACGGCCCAAGUUCUCCAUCCAUGAGUCCUCCGGCGUCAUUAUGACCUCGCACAUCUUUGACCGCGACGAGCCCAUUCACGAGAAAUUCGUCUUUGUCACGGUCCAGGCCACGGACAACGGGCUGCCGCCCCUCGACGACGUCUGCACCUUCAACGUGACCAUCGUGGACAUCAACGACAAUCCGCCCGUCUUCAACAAGGCACGCUACGACGAGUCCAUGUCCGAGAAUACCAUGCUUGACGCGGUGGUCAUGUCGAUCAGUGCCAGCGACUUUGACGAUCGGAACAACAGCAUCGUGGAGUACGAGAUAUUGCGGGAGCGCGACUUUCAGUACUUCAGAAUUGACAAGGAGUCGGGCAUCAUCUAUUUGAGUCGACCGAUUGACAAGCGGCCCGGCCAAAUGUACACGAUUAACGUGCGUGCCUAUAAUAUAGUGCCAGAUCCGUUGCAGGAGGCGCGCAUCGAGGUGCGCAUACGCGUGGUGGAGUCAUCGAUAAAGUCGCCCUCGUUCGUCGAUCCCAUUGACGAGCCGAUCUACCUGAAGGAGGAUCUCAACAACUUCUCGCAGCCCAUAGCCACACUGCGGGCCGUGUCCAAUAUGCCGGACAAGCCGGAGGUCAUCUUCGAGCUGAUCACCGGCCGCACCGAGCAGACUAACGGCAAGAACACGUUCGUGUUCAAUCAGAUCGGCAACGAGGUGACCAUCAAGCUGGGCAAGAGUCUCGACUACGAGGGCAUCACGGACUAUACGCUGACGAUGAGCGUGCGCAAUACCUUUGAGCUGGCUGCCGAGCACCAGAUCAAGAUCAAGGUGGAGGACGUUAACGACAACAUUCCAUUCUUCACGGAGGUCAAGUCGGGCACGAUACUGGAGAACGAGCCGCCUGGCACGCCGGUGAUGCAGGUGCGCGCCUUCGACAUGGACGGCACACCGGCCAACAAUAUCGUCUCUUUUGAGCUGGCCGACAACCAGGAGUUCUUUGCGAUCGAUCCGAACACGGGCAACAUCACGGCGCUGACGACCUUCGAUCGGGAGGAGCGCGACUUCUACAACGUGAAGGUCAGCGCCACAGAUAACUCGCCGUCGAGCCUGUUCGAUAACGGGGAUCACAACCAUGGCUACCAGGUGUUCCGGAUCUCCAUUGGUGAUAAGAACGAUCAUCCGCCGCACUUCCAGAAGUCCAUGUACCUGGCGGACAAGCUGCUCGAGGACGCCAACACCAACUUCGAGGUAAUCGAGGUGAAGGCCGACGACGAGGACAACGCCUCGCAGAUAGUCUACAGCAUUGAGAGCGGCAACGUGGGUGACGCCUUCAAGAUCGGCCUCAAGACUGGCAAAAUCACAGUUAACCAGCGCCUCGACUACGAGACAAUUACCGAAUACGUGCUGAUAGUGCGGGCCUUCGACGGUUUCUACGCCGACAAUACAACGGUUGUGGUCAAAAUUGAGGAUGUCAACGACAAUCCGCCCGUGUUCAUGGAGGAGUACAGCAAGACCAUUCCCGAGGGGCCCAUUCUGUCGAACGAUUGCAUUCUGAUCAUCAAGGCAUACGAUCCGGACAUCAAGGAUCGCACUGCGGACCAGCACAUCACGUACUCGAUUGUUAAGGAGGAUCACAAGAAGCUGCUGACCAUCGACAAUAGCGGCUGCUUGAGGCUCAUCCAUCCACUGGAUCGCGACCCGCCCAAUGGGCACAAGAGCUGGCAGGUGCUGAUCUCGGCGAGCGACCAGGACGGCGUUGGCACAUCCUUGAAAUCGGUUAAGCCCGUGAUCAUCACACUGGAGGACAUCAACGACAAUGCGCCGUUCUUGAUCAAUCAGAUGCCCGUCAUCUGGCAGGAGAACCGUAAUCCCGGCCAGGUGGUCCAGCUGCUGGCCAACGACUAUGACGAGCCGCAAAACGGUCCGCCCUUCACGUUUGGCAUCGACAGCGACGCCUCGCCCGACAUCAAGACCAAGUUCAGCAUCGACAACGACUACCUCUUUGCCAACGUGCAGUUCGAUCGCGAGGUGCAGAAGGAGUACUUCAUACCCAUACGCAUCAGCGAUGCGGGCGUGCCCAAGCAGAGUUCCGUGAGCAUUCUGCAUCUGAUAAUUGGCGACGUGAAUGACAACGCCAUGUCGGAGGGCUCCUCCCGCAUCUUCAUGUACAACUACAAGGGCGAGGCGCCCGAUACGGACAUUGGCCGCGUCUUUGUGGACGAUGAGGACGACUGGGAUCUGGACGACAAGAUGUUCGAGUGGAAGACUGGCAUACCGCACGAGCAGUUCCGACUCAAUCCGAGCACCGGCAUGAUCACCAUGCUCGAGGGCACCAGCGAGGGCGAGUACCUGUUGGAGUUCAAGGUCACCGAGGAAUCCAUUCUGAUAACCAGACACUGGGUCUACGCCGACGUGACGGUCAUUGUGCGCGAGCUGCCGGAGGAGGCGGUGGACAAGAGCGGCAGCAUACGCUUCUACAACAUCACCAAGGAGGAGUUCAUCAGUGUGCCGCGCGAUGUGCAGGCGGACGAUGUCUUCUCGCUGAAGGAUCGCCUGCAGCACUCGCUGGCCAAGCUGUUCAACACCUCGGUAUCCAACGUGGACGUCUUCACCGUGCUACAGAAUGAGAACCGCACAUUGGACGUGCGCUACUCCGCCCACGGCUCGCCCUAUUACGCCCCCGAGAAGCUCAACGGCAUGGUCGCGCAGAGCCAGCAGCACCUGGAGAACGAGCUCGAUCUGCAGAUGCUGAUGGUGAACAUAGACGAGUGCCUGAUCGAGCGGCUCAAGUGCGAGAGCUCCUGCACUAACGAGCUGCACAAGAGCUCCGUGCCCUACAUGAUCUACUCGAACACCAGCUCCUUUGUCGGCGUCAAUGCGUUUGUCCAGGCGCAGUGCGUCUGCGAGGCGCCGCCCUCAUCCUCGCCCUGCCUCAACGGCGGCAGUCGCCGAUACGGCGAGAACGACGCCUGCGACUGCAUCGAUGGCUUCACGGGUCCCCACUGCGAACUGGUAUCGGUGGGCUUUUACGGCAACGGCUACGCCUUCUACGAGCCCAUCUCCGCCUGCGACAAUACGCGCAUUAGCCUGGAGAUUGCACCGCAGCACGAGCAGGGUCUCAUCAUGUACCUGGGCCCGCUCAACUACAAUCCGCUGCUGCCGUUAACGGACUUCCUGUCCCUGGAGCUGGACAAGGGCUACCCGGUGCUGAGCGUGGACUACGGCUCUGGCAUGGUGCGCAUUAAGCAUCAGCACAUCCAACUGCAGGCGGGUCGCUCCUAUCAGCUGGACAUCAUACUGCAGAGGGCCAGCAUCGAGAUGACCGUCGACAACUGCCGCCUGUCCACCUGCAUGAGCCUGGGCGCCCCGCAGGGCCCCAACGAGUUCCUCAACGUGAACGCGCCCCUGCAGUUGGGCGGCACGCCGGUGGAUCUGCUGCAGCUGGGUCGCCAGCUGAACUGGACGCAUGUGCCCAACCAGCAGGGCUUCUUCGGCUGCGUCCGCAACCUGACCAUCAAUGAGCGCACCUACAACCUGGGCUUGCCCUCCCUCUCCCGCAACAUCGACAGCGGCUGCCAGCGCGCCGUGGCUGUGGCCGUGAGCUUUGGCAUUGAUCGCAACUUCAUUAUUGCGAUCAUCACGUGCAUUGCGCUGCUGCUGAUCAUCCUGCUGGCCGUGGUCGUGCAGAAGAAGCAGAAGAAUGGCUGGCACGAGAAGGACAUCGACGACAUACGCGAGACGAUCAUCAACUACGAGGACGAGGGCGGCGGCGAGCGCGAUACCGACUACGACUUGAACGUGCUGCGCACCCAGCCCCUGUACGAGGAGAAGCUCUACAAGGAUCCGCAUGCGCUGCAGUCGGGCAUGCGGGAUCCCAACGAUAUACCCGACAUUGGUGACUUCCUCGGCGGGAAGAAGGAGAACUGUGACCGCGACACGGGCGCCAACACCGUGGACGAUGUGCGGCACUACGCGUACGAGGGUGACGGCAACUCGGACGGCAGCCUGUCCAGCCUGGCGUCCUGCACCGACGACGGUGAUCUCAAUUUCGACUAUUUGUCCAACUUUGGACCACGUUUCCGCAAGCUGGCCGACAUGUACGGUGAGGAGCCCUCCGACACGGACUCCAACGUGGACGACGAGCAGGGCUGGCGCAUUUGAGGAACCAGCACGUGAACUGGAACUGGAACUGGAACUGCAAGUGUUAGCGAGAACGAAAUUGAAAAGACUUUUACGAUAAGU